GCACAUGGUCCAACCUGUUACCUAACAAAGCCAGCGUCACUUACCUGUUCUCCUCAAAUGGGAACACUGGCCUAGGAUUAAAGCACAAACCAACAAGCCAAGUACGGUGGCCUGAGUCAUCCCAAGAAGUCCGGAGCCUCUAAGUGGGAACCUUCCAUACCCUCUUCAAGCAAUUUACAGCAGCACCAACAGUCACAAUGAAAGUUCUAAUCUCUUUUCUCCUGUUGCUGCCAUUAAUGCUGAUGUCCGUGGUCUCUAGCAACCCAAAUCCAGGAGUCGCCAGAGGCCACAAGGACAAACGCCAGGCUUCUGGGAGGUGGCUCCAGGAAGGUGGCCAAGAAUGUGAGUGCAAAGAUUGGUUCCUGAGAGCUCCUAAAAGAAAACUCAUGGCAGUGCCCAGGCUUCCAAAAAAGCAGUGUCCCUGUGAUCAUUUGAAGGGCAACAUGAAGAAAAACAGGCACCAAAGCCACCACAGGAAGCCAAACAAGCACUCCAGAGCCUGCCAGCAAUUUAUCAAACGCUGUCAGCUAGCAAGCUUUACUCUGCCUCUAUAGGAACUCUGAGAGCCUGCUCUCCCAAUGAAACAUUCUUAGUCAAAAGAGAAUGUUCUUCUCCCACCUCAACUCCCUCUCCUUGUCCCCACCCUCUAAAUCAUUUCAGGGUUCUCAAAAAGCAUUUUUCCCAAGAUUAUUUUGAUUAUUGUUCCCUCUAGUGCUUUUUCUUGUCAGUCUUUUCCUGUACCCUCUCAUUACUCAGGCUUCAUUUAAACUUAAUUACCUGAAAGAAACCAGGAAUCCUGGCUCCCUAGCUGGUUCCAUCUGACCUUAAAUACAACCAGGCAAGUAGCAAACAUAAGUCAAUAAAUAAUUUUAGAUGUAAUAGGGCCCAGUGAAUGUGGCUCAUGGUUGAGGGUCAACCUAUGUAUGAAUCAGGAGGUCAUGGUUCUAUCUGGGUCAGGGCACAUGACCAGGUUCCAGGCUAGAUCCCCAGUGGGGGGCAUGCAGGAGUCA